CAGUCGCAAAGCCAAGUGCAAAAUGAGAGUUUUAUUGGUGAUUGUAUUCCUAGUGGGCAUGGCUUGCUGCACGCUGGGCAGAGCGACUACACUCGAGGACCAGCUGAACACGGAGUGGGACUCCUAUAAGAACGAGUUUGAUAAGAUCUAUGGUGACGAGUCGGAGGAGUUGCUGCGCAAGUUGAUCUUUCAGAAUAAUAAGCAGAUCAUCGAUGCACACAACGAACGCUGGGCCGUAGGAGCUGAGAGCUACGAGAUGGGCUUGAAUCAGUUCAGCGACAUGUUGCCAGAGGAGAUUAGCAAAGCGAUUGGAGCCAAUGAUGGCAAGGAGUUUAUUGACGAUGUGGAAGUGGAGUCGUACGACGAAUGGAACGAUGAUGUAGACUUCGAUCUUGAGCUGCCAAGGAACGUUAACUGGACUCAAAUGGGUGCGGUUACGCCCGUCAUGUUUCAGGGGCACUUCAACAACUCGUGGGCCUUCGCUGCAGCUGGUGUAACGGAGAGUCAUCAGUUCAUUAAGUCUGGACAUUUGAAUGUGCUGUCUAAGCAAAAUCUAGUCGACUGCUGCCACGCGCAUAGCCAUCAUCUAGCAGGAGCUCUGCUUUGCAUUAAGAAGAUGAAAGGCAUUGACUUGGAAAGAUCAUAUCCUUACCGCGGGCUGACUGGCAAGUGUCAUUUCAAGAGAAAGUUUGUUGGUGCCAGCAUCAACAAGAUUUUCCAAGUCCGGCCCGGAAAUGAGCAUCGAUUGGCCCAUAGCGUGUCCAAGGGUCCGGUCGCCGCUGUCAUUUCCCAUGCGGCGAUUGCCCACUACAAGAGCGGCGUCUUCCACAAUCCCGACUGCGGAGAGAGCCCAGAUUAUGCUGUCCUCAUCGUGGGCUAUGGCCAUUGCAAUCAUUUUGGCGAUUACUGGAUCGUAAAGACAUCUCUGGGCCCCCAAUGGGGCGACAAGGGCUACUUGAAGCUGGCGCGCAACAAGCACAAUCUAUGCGGCAUUACCAACUGGGCUUACUAUCCGCAAAUGAAGUAG